ACGGAAACCUGGCUCAACAAUCGCGUGUGCAGUGAUUGUUUACAAAUUGCAGGGUACAACCCUAUUAUCCGACUUGACAGGCACAACAGAAUGGGUGGUGGAGUUGCAUUCUUCACGGUUAGUACCCUCGUGGCUAAGCGUAGGUUAAAUUUGGAAUUUGCCGCCAUAGAAUUCCUUUGGAUUGAAUUCCGCAUCACACCUUGAUGUUCCCUGUGGUGUUGUUACAGGCCGCCCGACGAUGACGAUAGUGUUUUCCUUGCUAAUUUCUUCGAAUAUUUUUAGCUGUUUCUUGAUAAAAUUCGUCAACCACCGAAACAAUAUAGGGUUGUUGUAUUGGGAGAUUUCAAUGCUCAUUACGACUCUACAAAUCCAUCAGGGAAUAAUGAUGUAG